GCCUCCGCCUCCGCCUCCACCCCCGCGCCCUCCUACACAACCGCAGCCGGAUACACCCCCGACCUCGCCUACCUCCACGCCGCCGCCUACAUCCCCCCAUCGCCCUCCUCGCCGUCGUCCUCAACUCCCUCCUACUCCUCCUACUCCACCCCCUCCUCCGCCCUCUACUCCGCCGCCUUCCAGCAGCCGCCCCUCCCCCGCGACCACGCCUCCCUCCAUCCCCAUCCCCAUCCCCACCCCCACCAGCACGCCCUCCCGCACUCACAUCUCUCCCACUCUCAAUCCUCUCAUCCUCAAUCCUCUCAUCCUCACUCCCCCCAGCCCGCCUACGCGGUCCACAAGCGCCGCCGCGGCAACCUCCCAAAACACGUCACCGACAUCCUCCGCUCCUGGCUCAACGCCCACGUCCACCACCCCUACCCGACCGAGGAGGAAAAGUCGAUGCUCAUGCACCAGACCGGCCUCACCAUGAACCAGAUCUCGAAUUGGUUCAUCAACGCCCGUCGGCGGCGCCUUCCUGCUCUGCACAAAGAGGCCGCGGCGGCGGCGGCGGCGGCGGCAGCAGCGGCCGCCAUGCAGACGUCCAUGCCUUCUAUACAGAUCAACAAUGGCUCGAUGGGGUCUAUCAAUCAGCUGAAUCAGCUGAAUCCGAUGAAGCGGUGAUGUACAUUACUAUCUUGUUAUGCUCUUUGUUGUUAUACUGUCUUUGUUUAUACUGUCUUUAAUGGGUUUGGUCGGUCAUGUUUGUUUAGUAGGCUAGUAGUGUCUUUGUUCGGCGCUUGAUGGUUUAGUCAUUGCUUGUAGAAUGUAUAUCUGUGAUCAUCAUAUUCUGUGUAGUUGUUAUUGUAGUAGUGUUG